AAAAGUGCAGACCAAGGCCCAGAACAACUAAUCCAGGAACCUCACAUGGUGGUGGAAAUCAGAUCCACAUGUUUAAAGAUGCAUGAGGAUGCAGGAUCAUGGAGGUGGAAGCGCAGCGCCGGCUGGAAUGGGAGCCGGGUCUCCUGUGCCGGCGGUCGUUUUUGGGUCCCGGACACGGUGGGCCGGCAGCAGAGGCGGGGGCGCAUUGUUCCUGGAUGAAUGCUGUCAGCAUCGGGGAGUACCACGGCCUGCGAGUAUGCUCUGCCCUGCUCAGCAUCGUGGCAGGAUGCAUCAUCAUCGGGGUGUCCAGAGAAUGUGAUGUUGACGCCGUGGGGGGCAUCUUCCUGGGUGCUGGAGGUCUGGGGCUCCUCAUCUCUGUCUACCCCUUCAUACGUGCUUGGCUCAACUUCAACCACAUCCUGCCUUCCCUGGGGAACGUCAGGGUUCAUCCCAUGGCACCCAACCUAGCCGCUGAGCAGCCAGUUGAGGCGAUGAAACGGGAAGCAACCCAAAGCCAGCUAAACCUGGAACGAUCAAAGAGCAGAAUGGGGACAUUUCAGGAGACGAUGGGAGCCGAAGCAUCACCGGAAGAGGGGCCCUCGUCAGAUGUUCCAGACAUCAUUGCCAGGCGGAAGGUCAAGCAGCCUUCACCUGACCGAGACAACCCAUAAUAUUUCAAUUCUUCCUGUACUCCCACUCUUCUGAGGUGCUCCCAGUCUUACAGAUAUUCUGCAGAUACCGAUUUUAGAGAUCGGAUAGUGGGAUCCCCCUACAUCUGAUUUGUAUUGAAAGCAGACAGCGUUGUCUUUUCCUGUUUUCAGUCGGCAACUAAUUAUCUCAUCACAGGCUCAUUACAGAGGGGAUAACUGACUUUGGUUGAGGGUCUCUGCUUUUUCCACUUGAUUCAAGUCUUUAUAGCGGAGCACUUGAACGUUAUGUGUUGGAUAUCAAGCGUCUGCAAUCAAACCCAUAUUACCACCUCCAGUGUUGAUCCAGCCCCUCUGAGACGCACAUUAAAAACUUCAUCAUGAACAUCCUACA